UUGCAUUUCUUCCAGAAGCCCGAACAGUAUUCGGAGAGCAAAUGCGUGCACGAACUUAGCCUGUUUGCUUGCUGGGCCUUCACAUCGUGAUGACCUGGACUAGAUCCCAAAGAAUGUGGCACCUUGGCUCAACGAGGGCAUUUCAUGGGCAGCAGCGACAGGAUCAGCGACAGCAAAGUGAUCCAAUGAUCUCCUCUGAAUGUUGCAGUUUACUGUGUUCGUUGCAAGUCCUUGUUCUGGACGUUGCGGAUCGAUCACGGAAGUAAUGCAAUCACGAGGUUACCGAUGUGACCCUAAAAUGCUGAAAGAAAUAGCGGGUUCAUGCUAGGCGUUAACUCUCAACUGUACAAGUUUCUGGGUUGAGACGGUUACAACGAGGCAACUCCUGGUAGGUUUUCGAGCUGGAUGUGGAGGUGCAUUGUAGGACCAGUCUGAUCAGAAGGCUGCCAAUGGCGGAAAUGUGUUUAUCAAAGCAGCAUCCCAUGUUGGUCGACGAAGUAGAUCAGCAAAGAAAAGGCGAUGAAUACGAGCGGCGAGCUGCGAACGAAGUCCGUGGCUGGGCAAUUUUUUGUGGCGAUUUCGAGAACGCAAUUAACCUGUUGGAGAAAGCUUGCAGUCUGUAUAAGCCCUUGAAAGCGUGUGAGACUCGUUUUUCUGCGGUGUCAUACUUACAGAGUCAAAACAGUCAAUCAGUCUUCAGAAACGGCAACAUGUGUCACUGAUUGAUUGGGGUUCUGAAGAGAUGUUCUGAAGUUGUUGCAAUUAGUGUAAUCACCUUCGACUUCUCUCGCGCUUUUGGCCAAGAAAAUUCAAGUUUAAUAUACUCGGGAAAGAAAAGUGUUGUGUUUGUAAGAUGUCUGCGAUAAAGUAACUUUCAGGGGCCUUCAUAAUUGAAACUUGAUUCCUUGCGUGGAGCUCGUAGUUGACAAGCUGGCUGGAGUGCACAUGAAGAUUGCGCGCUGCUACUUGAAGAUGGGAAAAGUUGAAGAAGCAGCUUCGACGUAUGUGGCGGCUGCUCAGUAUUUCAAGAAGUAUCCAAGCGAAGGCGCGGUAACAUGUCUAAGCAGAGCGGCUAUGCUUUUCGAAGAAAUCGGCCAGCUGUCCACGUCUGCCCGCUACUUUCAGGAACUUGGGGAUAUCUUUGAGGCAGAAGGCAAACUAUCGGAAUCCAAAGAACACUAUCGAAAUGCAGCAGAUCUUUACUUGGCAAACGAUUCUCAGGUUUUGAGCAACCAAUGCCGAACGAAGGUAGCAAAGCACGCGGCUGAGCUUGAACGGUAUACAGAAGCGAUUCCCUUGUUUGAAGCUUUGGCCAGGGACGCGGUGACUGCUGCCGCUUCAAAGAAGACGGUCAGGGAGAUGUUUCUCUAUGCCGGACUGUGUCACUUAUGCUCGGUUGGUGGCAAUGGUGGCGUCGUGAAAGAAGCUUUGAAACGCUUUCAGGAAGUCGACCCAAACUUUUCGAGCAGCCGUGAAAGUAAAAUCAUUUUUUACUUCGCAACUGCAUUUGAGAAGAAGAGCCGCAAUCUUUACACGGAGGUCCUCAACACUCAUGAAGUGCUGUUCCGAAACGAUCCUUUGGCAAGACUGCUUGCCAACAGAGGUCAGAAGAAACUGAAAGCCCUACCAGCUCGGUUGAAGACCACAAGACAGGAUUCCGAAGUACAGCAGGCGAACUUAGAUCAAUUGGGGGAACCUAUGACGGACACUAACGAGGAAAUGACACAAUGACUGACAGUGAGUAGUGGUGACACUGUGAUAUGGCAGCCUCGGUGGGUUGUUUGUGCAUGUCUCUUCCGAAUUCGAAGAUGGGAUGAUCAAAAUAAUUGGCAGCAGGAAGGGAGGAGGUUUAUGACAAAUCGAAUGGAUUGUGCGGGAGCUUGAAGUGGCAAGAUCCGGGAAGACAGAUGCUAACCUAAGUUAGGAUCUGGAGCUGGCAUUCGAAGUCCUGAUCUGAUUCACAUGUGACAAAGGACCUCAGGGGUUUCUACAGAUGGAUGUAAGAACAUCCCGUUCAGAUCAAACGCAUGGCUGCGUUUACUGUCCCCUGUAAUAUAUUAAAAAAGCCCUAUCUGUACAGACACGGAGUCUCAGAGAACCGGACGCAGAGACCGGGCACUUUCCAUCACAACAAGAUGUACACGAGACUUGGAAUAUUCCUCGCUGCUGAGUGAAGAAGAGACGAGCCUGGUAGUAGCAAUCUGAUCCCUGAUCAAACAACUCUCUGACACCCACAAUCUGCAGAAUAUAAUCGAAUCCGCCAUGCAAGUCAAUAUUCGACGUCUUGGGAGAGAGAUCCUUUCUGGAUGGCUUUUGUGCUUGGCGACGUUGCCACUCUAUCGAGGGUUUCACAUAUGUAGCUAAUCUGAUGAGAUCCAUGUAUCGGAGACUUCCACAAUAAUUAGCAUUUCACGAGGUUCUUUAGAUUGACCUCUGUACAUAGCUACCCUUGCAGCCGCCUGCCAGAUACAUGUUUGCACGGGUUUCCAAAUUCACGUGACAAGCAACUUGGAAAGCGGGCCAUCCGUCUUAAACACAGACGGAAUGAUUUUGUUCCGAGUCCCUUCUCUCUCUCUCUCUCUCUCUCUCUCUCUCCUCUCUCCUCUCUCUCUCUCGUACACUACUCAUUCCCUCAUCUCACAACUAGUCCCAGGAGUAGGCCGCCCAUCUCAUCCAUAUCCCCGUUUUUUGGCUGCUUCGAUGGAUAAGGACUUGUCCUCUCAUACUCAAUCAACUGCACUAGGCUCUACUGCUGUAGGUUAUGACGACCCUGGUCUGGUCGCUGGCUGUUCUGUAGCCAGAAUGUGUGACAGCGAUGAAGCCCCAAGGUGCCGACCUGGAAAGGGAAAUGCAAGGGAACAGAAGUGCCUGAAGGGAAAUAACCAGAAAGACGUUUCCGAAGGAGAAGAACCACAGAAACAACUGAACGCUGAAAUCAACUAAGAUUCGAGUAUCCAUCCAUCCUUCCGCCAUGACUCUUACUCGUAGCGAUAAUUGUCGACGAUCGGAGCCGAGUCUACCUGCUGCUACCAUUGAUGUCGACGUCGCCGCUCUAUCCACUCAAUAUCAGAAACCGCAGUGCUGCUAGCUGAACCAUCUACUCGAGCAGCUGUUAAUUUUCGAGGAUUAUGAACUUAAAUGUACUAUGCACUGGGCGAUGACAAGAUUUUGCGUGGAAGAAAUCUGAUUAUCCGCCGAUGGACUUAAGUCAAUCACGAGAAUCAGUCUAAAUGUGACCUCAGCACAGUCGAUCGCGGGACCCCGCUCGUUGUUGUGGUUUUAUUGCCACUGCCUUGCGUUCAUGGACUCUUACUCUCAGUCACAUCACAUCUCCUCUCGAGCUGGAGGUAAACUCUCAUCUGAAGACAAUUUUGUCAGCAGAGCGGGCGCUGCCGGUGGGCUACAGACUGCGCGAGCUAACUUCGCUCAAUCGAGCGCGCCUUGGCUUGAAUUCCAGCGAAAGCUCCGGCAGUGCGAGCUCGGACGACACCAGAGCCGGCGUUUCCCGCCUCUGAACUCCCACACCACAACCGUCCCGACCCCUACAAAGAUUUCUCGUACAGGAUUUGGACUCGUAGGCCGACGAGGAGCAGCUACCGAACCUAUGAACAAUUCUUUCUGCGAACACCAUGGGUCACCGUCACAGAUGACCAGAAACUUGAGAUAAGAUCUCUGGACCACAAGGGCUACCAGGUAUGGUGAAGGGGGUAUAAUAGCACGUGAAUCUGAAAGCGAAAGAACGAAGAAUGGCCUCAAUGGUUGCUUGCAAUGGUUUCAUGAGUAAGAUACGUAAGAUGAAACAAGAUGCAACGACAUUAUUCAAGUGAGCGCUUAAUGCUUACGAAGUGCCACCUGCACUCCCCGAUUGGAUAAAGCGAGUGUGUCUUAAGUACUGGUUUCCUCCGAAUGGUGACGAGAAAUCUGACUCUUUCCUCAUUGCCCCAAGAUGUGGAACUUUCGUACCCCUUUAGUGCUGACAGUUGAAAACAACAAUAAGAACAUUCUUUCCUGGACGAUCAAGUCUUUCUGGUUUCCUGAUGCAUCUCUAACUCUAUUCAUGAAACUGAAGUACGAUAGUCGUAGAGCACAGAGAGGAUGGCAGUUUUAGUUCUCAAAGCUGACGAGUACAGACGUGUCUUUCAGUGCAACCGAA